UUGUUAUUUGUUUUUCCUUUUCUCGCACGAGACGGCAUGUAGAAGAAGAUGGGAGAAGCUUUUAACAGAGAAGGAGAGAAACAAAAGGGGAUAACGUGGCGUAAUGAAGGCCCUGUUUCCUCAUCCUUCCUCCACUCUUCUUCCUUCUCAUCCAUUUCCAUGGCGCCCCGUUUUCUACUUUCCCUCUUCUUCUCCCUUCCGCUUCUCCUUUACACUCCACUACCGUCCUCCCGACUCCAAUGCCGAAACCUUCACCUCCCACAAUUUCAGACGCAGAUAUGAACACUCUGAAGUCGACGACCAAGACGACGACGACGACCAGCAAGGCUUCGAUCCCGGCAUUCGCUUCCGUACCACCACCAGGAAGAACCGGCGGCGUUGGUGGUCCGAUGAGCCGGCGCCGGACUUCGAAGACCAACCUUCUGGGAUCUUGGAUGAUGUAAUCGACAGUGUCUGGAUUUUUAAGGUAUUCAAAUCCUACGGCUGGACACUUCCACCCAUAAUCUUCUCACUGCUGUUAAACUCAGGACCAAAAGCUUUUCUGAUGGCGUUAGCCCUUCCACUAGGCCAAUCAAUCAUAUCUCUGGCAUUAGAGAAGUUAUGGGGAACACCAGAAAGAAAGCCAAAGCGCAGAACUAGAAGCAAGACCAGGAAGAGGCCAUUUUACAGCACUGGGACUAGUAGGGUUCAGGAGGAAGAAGAAGAAGCAAGAGGAAAUGGGGAAGGCAAUGGAAAGAUGGGCUAUGGAUAUCAGUCAUGGGAAGUUGGUAGCAAUGGUGGUGAAGUUAGAAAGGAGGGCAGAAAUGGGACCAGUUUUGGUGGAUGGGAGGAUCUUGAUGGAGUUGGAUCUGAGCGAAAGGCAAAACCUGGGGUUAGAGGCAAAAAACAAAGCAGCACAUCAAUGGAGAAGGGUAAGUUGAGUUGGAGAGAAAAGAAAAGUGAUACUCCCUUGUUGUUGAGAUUGUUAAUUGCUGUUUUCCCAUUUUUGGGUUCAUGGACUAGGAUGCUUUAGAUCUUCUAAACUUGAAUCAAAUUUUUACUCACUAUUUUGGUUAUAAAACCUCAACAAAUUACUCAUCUUGUUGAGGAUAGAAUAAGAAGUUCAAUACUAUUCUUAUGUACAGUGUAA